AAUGCAUCUACAUCGACACUGGUGACAGCGCAGCAGCAGCAGCAUCUGUUUGCCACUUUUAGCAAAAGUCCUGUGAGAUCUGGCGAUCUAAAGCUCGCAGUGAGCGGGUUGCAUCUCCAGACAAUGCCGUCCGAUAUGUUGCUGCAUGCCGCCAAUUUCAGCACACUGUUUGUGUGCAUGGUGCUGAAGUUCCCGCAGAUCUUUGCACUGAUGCGAGCGAAAUCCACGGCUGGAGUCAGCCUCAACAGUCUUCUCCUAGAGUUGAUCGGGUAUAUUGUUUUUGUAACGUACCAGAUGUACUAUGACUACCCACCUCCAACAUACCUGGAAUAUCCAAUCCUCAUUGCUCAAGAUGCCAUUCUUCUGCUCCUGAUCCUCCACUACAACGGCAGCCUGCGGCACAGCCUCAUCUACACCUUGCUGUUUGUUGGAGGUUGGAGGCUCCUCACUGUGGAGAAGUGGAUCAUAGAUUUGGCUAUGAGUCUGUGCACAUUCAUCAGUGCAGCCAGUAAAUUGGCCCAACUGCAAUGCCUGUGGAGGUCUAAGGAUGCUGGACAGGUUAGCGCCCUCUCCUGGGCUCUGGCUACCUACACAUGUAUGGCACGGAUUUACACCACCACUGUGACAACUGGAGACACGCAGGUUAUGGUGCGGUUCAUCGCCAUGACUUUGCUCAACAUGUGGGUGCUGCUCACCGUCCUCUACUACCAGAGACACAGCAGCAGGUCCAAGAAAGAGGACUAAGCUUUAGAGUGGGACCCUGAGACUGGCUGACCUGCAAACCUGCAGCUGACUCCCAUGGCACCCAGCUCUGUUCACAGCCAUGACUAAAACAGAAACUAUGAGUAACGGUUAUGCAGCUUUUGUAAUACUGACCCAUAAAAUGUGCUUUUUAUAUCAUUACCACCGUGUUGAACAUCUUUUUCUUUUUUCUUUUUAACAUUCCAGUGACUGGAAAUCUGCUUAAGCUUGUAGUGAGAGCAGAGACCAAUGCUUUGUCAUACUUUAUGUGACCAAAUGCAUUAGAUAGGGCAGCACAAGCAUAUCUGAUAUCUUACUACUCAGAAUGAGAAAUACUGUAUUUUGAAUGCGUUUAUAACUCCUUUUCUGAACUAUUUUAAUAAAGCGAACAUUCUAUCUUC